AUUUGAUCUCCGCUGCUAAUCUCUCGGUAAGCGCCGAGCAAUCUAAUUGAUCGACUGGACUCAUGGAUGGCCUGCUUUAAUCCUAUUAAGGGUUCAAUUGGGCUUUUCGGUUAGUGGAUAGGGUCCGCCAGUGUGUUGGUCGUCUUUGUGCAGAGUGGAAUCUCUUUAUAUAACCUCACCGUCAUCUCUUUCAGUGCCUGGCACUUCUUGUUUUCCAUUUCUUCAAGUCAUUCCUUUCUUUGUAGUCACUCUUUUUCUAGCAUACCUGCUUGAGGCAGGUUCUCACUUAUUCAUUCCUUACGUUUCAAACGUCAUUCAACUGUCAAUCUGUGAUUGAAUCCUUACAUUCCUUUUCGUCUAUCCAGAUAAAGAUGUUCCGAUCAGCCCUGUUUUUCCUCCUCGCUCCCUUGGCGCUCAGCCACACAACCUUCACCACACUCUACGUGGACGAAGUUAACCAAGGCGAUGGCACCUGUGUCCGCAUGAACCGCGAUGCCAACACCGUCACAUACCCCAUCGAGCCCUUGUCCAGCAAGGAUAUUGCCUGCGGCAAGGAUGGUGAAAAAGCCGUCUCCCGGGUGUGCCCCGCGAAAGCCAACUCCCUCCUGACCUUCGAAUUCCGCGCAUGGGCCGACGGCGCCCAGCCGGGUUCCAUCGACAUCAGUCACAAGGGUCCCUGCGCCGUGUACAUGAAGAAGGUCGACGAUGCGACAGCCGAUAACAAUGCUGCAGGUGAUGGAUGGUUCAAGAUCUGGCACACGGGCUACGAUGAGAGCACCGAGAAGUGGUGCACGGAGAAGCUGAUCGACAAUAACGGAUUCCUGUCUGUGCGGGUCCCCUCGGAUAUCGAGCAAGGUUACUACUUAGUGAGAACGGAGUUGUUGGCGCUGCAUGCUGCCUCUGAUGCUCCGCCCGAUCCCCAGUUCUAUGUCAACUGUGCCCAGAUCUUUGUGCAGGGUGGUGGGAGUGCGAAGCCCGAGACUGUCAGCAUUGGCGAGGGGUAUUACUCGUUGGAUAGCCCUGGUGUAAAGUACAAUAUCUAUGAGAAACCCCUGCAGCUGCCCUAUCCGAUCCCUGGGCCGGUUGUCUAUGAGAGUAAAGGUGUUGAGGAGCGGUCGGUCUGUCCGGCCCAGAAGAGGGCUGCUACUGCUCAGAACAAGGGUCUCAAGCCGGCCGGUUGUAUCCUGCAGCGUGAUAACUGGUGUGGGUUUGAGGUUCCUGACUAUAGUGAUGAGAACGGUUGCUGGGCUUCAUCAAAGAAGUGCUGGGAUCAAAGUGACGUCUGCUACAAGACCGCUCUUCCCACGGGCAUCUCUGCUUGCGACAUCUGGAUGACCAAGUGCAAUGGUAUCGAUGAGGCCUGCAACAGCGGCGAUUUUAACGGACCCCCGAACAAGGGCAAGGUGCUUACACCGGAACUGAAGAAGCUUGGGGGAUCGACCCAGGUCUUCAAGAGGGAUGUGAGGAAGUACAAGAAGUGGACCGCAUGAUCGAAGCAUGGGUUACGGAGUAGCAGGCGUAGUGAUUGACAUGAGGCCUUUUGACGCAUUGUUGCAAGACAGCACAGGAUAGAGCAUUUGUUUAGCUGGACUACGGAAUCACAUUGAUUAUCUUGUGCCACAACUCGUUUUUGAAGGCGAAGGGCUUAAGUUCUCCAUACCGAGAGUUUUGGGUAGCGGGCGCAAACUGCGUGUAGGCUACAUAGAGCGAGACGUCGCUGGAAUAUA